AUGUCGAAAUUCGCUGUGCGUGUCGAUGCAGCAGUUUCGGCUCUCGGCAGCGGUGGAAGCGCCGGCCUGGACGAAAAUGACUUCAUUGAUGCUUCUCGACUUGUGUAUGACGGUGUGAGGGAGAUAAGACGCGCUGUGCUCAUGAACCGGGAGGAAGAAGAUUUAGACCCUGAAGACGUAGAGUUAGAUGAGCAGUACACUCUCGAGACACGCAGUAAAUGUGAGAAAUAUAGUGAUCUCUGUCUGUUGUUACUGAUGACAAGCGACGACCUCGAUACGGACACGGAGUUCGAACCCGUGGAAGACAUGACCAUGGAGACAAGGAGCCGAUCGAGUGCACACACCGGCGAACAUGGCGUGGAUGAAUACCCUGACAUCAGCGGCAUCACCAAUGCGAGGGAAGCCAUGCGAAAGAUGACGGAAGAGGACAAACGCAAGAUCCUCCAGCAAGUGGAGUUGUUCCGUCGUGAGAAGAUGACCUUCGACAACGAAGUUGCCAAGUGGGACGACGCGGGAAACGACAUCAUCAUGCUGGCCAAGCACAUGUGCAUGAUCAUGCUGGAGAUGACAGAUUUCACAAGAGGCCGUGGUCCUCUGAAGACAACCAUGGACGUCAUCAACGCGGCCAAAAAGAUAUCAGAGGCCGGGACUAAACUUGACAAACUGACGAGGGAGAUUGCCGAACAGUGCCCAGAGUCGUCGACCAAGCAGGAUCUGUUGGCGUAUCUGCAGCGCAUUGCCCUUUACUGCCACCAGAUUCAAAUCACGAGCAAAGUCAAGGCGGACGUGCAGAAUAUAUCCGGAGAGCUCAUUGUCAGUGGGUUGGACAGCGCCACUUCCCUGAUCCAAGCGGCCAAGAACUUGAUGAAUGCUGUGGUGCUGACGGUCAAAGCCUCGUACGUCGCCUCCACCAAGUACACUCGACAGGGAACUAUUGCUUCCCCGAUCGUGGUGUGGCGUAUGAAAGCGCCUGAGAAGAAGCCGUUGAUCAGACCAGAGAAACCCGAAGAGGUGCGGGCGAAGGUCCGUCGCGGAAGCCAGAAGAAACAGCCCAGUCCCAUCCACGCUCUCGCGGAGUUUCAGAGCCCCGCUGACAAUGUUUGA